UACUACUCGAUAUUAUUAAAUGUUAUUGCUAGUGAUGUUGAAGAUGUAAAGUGAAAGUUGUGUUAUAAGGAAGUGGGUGUAGUCGUCAGCUGAUUUUUCAUAAAACAACAUAGUUCAUUUCGUGUUCUUUCUACCAACCACGCAGACACUUACUGAUCGCUUAUAUUAUUUGAAACACCAGAUAUUUCAUGCCAAUGCGACUGAGAUCAUUUCAAAUCAUAUGUUAGAAAUAUUCAACUGGACAUAUUUGGAUAAUUUAUAUUUCUACUCCACAUUACGAAACUAACAAACACAACAGCAACGAAACGACCACCAGCAACAUAAACGACAAAGUGAAUGUAAGUUAGAUAUAUUCUUAACAAUUUUAUAAUGGCUAACGGAAACGAUACACGUCCGGAUCAGGUUUUUCAGGACGCUAUUCAUGGAUCCAUGCAAUUUUCACCACUCUGUGUUAAAAUUAUUAAUACAGUACAAUUUCAGAGAUUACGUAAUAUCAAACAACUAGGUUUGUGUUAUUACGUUUAUCCAUCAGCUUCACAUAAUAGAUUUGAGCAUUGUCUGGGAACAUGUCAUCUAGCUGGGAAAAUGAUUCGCCAUCUUAAGCAGCAAGAUUCCGGUCUGGAAAUAUCUGAUCGAGAUAUACUGUGUGUUGAAAUCGCUGGUUUGUGUCAUGAUUUAGGACAUGCGCCUUUUUCUCAUGCCUUUCAAGAAAUUAUCAACGAGUAUCGCAAGGAAAAUGGAGGUAAAAAGUGGGAACAUGAAGAUGUAUCAUGUGAAAUGUUAGAGCAUCUUUUUGAAAUGAACCAACAUUUUGAAGGAGAACUUAAGUCUGGUGAAAUUGGUUUCAUAAAAGAUCUCAUUACUGGUAAACCAGAAAAAUCUGACAAAAAAAAAUUUUUUUACCAAAUCGUCAACAAUGCAGACUAUAACAUCGACGUUGAUAAAUGGGAUUACCUGGCCAGAGAUUCCCAUUUUCUUGGCAUUGGAACAUCCUUUGAUCACGAAAGAAUGAUGAAAAUGUCCAAAGUAAUAGGUGGUGAAAUAUGCUACAGAGACAAAACGCUUAAAAAUUUCUAUGAUAUGUUUUAUUCACGAUAUCGACUACAUAACACGGCUUACCAACACAAAACUGUUCUCCUGCUUAAUAAACUACUUGGCGAUGUUUUGAAAUCCGCACAUAAAAAACUGAAAAUUUUCGAAAGGGUCAAAAAAAUGGAGGAAUUUACUUAUUUUACAGAUAGUAUUUUGGAGGAGAUAUUAAAUAGUAAGGGCAAUCAAGAUCUCAAAGACGCCCUGAAGGAUAUAAUCAAACGGUCUUUUAAAUACAAAGGGACCGUCACAGACAAAAUCAAGGGCACAUUCACGGGCACAGUAACGGGCAUAUUCGAACUCGGAGAUACGGAGGGAAAUAUCUUGUACCCAAUUGAGGGUACAGGAGAUGACGUUGCAGUCCUGAAAAAGAUGAAGGUCACUAUCAAUGAUAAAACCUUGGACACACCGGAGAGCAAAAUGCAGAGAGAUAUCACCGAAGAGCAAAAUGCAGAGAUAAAUGCUAAAAUCUUGUACACCUCGGAGAGCGAAAUGCAGGGCAAUAUCCAGGGCAGAAUCAAUGGUACAAUCUCGGAGACACCGGGAAUAAGAGAAAAGAUCGAGGGCAAAAUCAAUGUUAAAAUAUUGAGCACAUCGGAGAGCAAAAUGCAGAGCAAUAUCGAGGGCACAAUCAAGGGUAAAAUAUUGGGCACAUCGGAGAGCAAAAUGCAGAGCAAUAUCGAGGGCACAAUCAAGGGUACCAUCCAAACAAUAAUAAACAGCAGAGACCAAGGAUCAGACCCGGAUAUAGUCAAGACGACAGACGUGAUCUGCACAGCCCAUUUUGACUAUGGAGCUAAAGAAAAUAACCCACUAUUGAAAAUACCAUUCUAUACAAGAAAUGAAAGGAAAUAUACGUACGAUAACCAUGAAGAACUGGAAAAUAUGCUUUUUCUGCCAGAGAAAUUUGAAAUGAAAACCAGUCAUUGUUUUGAAAUAACAAAAUAAUUAAGGAAAACAAAAGAAAAAACAACGAAGACAACAUUCAAGAGAAAAAUCAAUAACAAAAAAUCAGAUUGAUUAUAACCAAUGAAAGAAAACAAAACCAUGGACGCAGAUUGAGAUAAGUAAUGAAACUUGAUAAAACUUUAAUAUUAUAAAAAUACAUUGAAACUAUUGAAAGAUUGAUAGGUCAAAAAUACUAAAUGGACAAUAUUCUCUAUCUAAAUUAAAAGAACUUUUUGAUGGGAAAUUUUUACUUUUAAGAAACUCUCAACAUUUUUGAAAAAAAAUAAACAUAUAUUUCCUUACUUCUAAAUUGAAUCCUCCCAUUGAGUCACGUUCGAAACAUAUGAGAAACAUUUAUUCUUUACUUAAAAUUUGGUAAGAAUUAAAAAUUUUUUAAAUAUAUUGAAACUAUUUCAAACUUCAAAGACUAAAAAUAAUAUGCGAACAACAAUUUUUUUCCUAAUUUAACUUUUUUUUUUUUACUUUUCUAUAAGAAAUAUUCUUUGUUUACCAAAUAAAUGUCUUCGAUUUC